AUGCAGCCUGUCAAACGUAAAGACGUGCCCACCCGGAAAGAUGACAGAGUAAUCUUGCACUUUGACUAUGACUGCUUUUAUGCUUCCGUUUUUGAAGCCGAGAAUUCAGCUCUCAAAGAAAAGCCUCUGGCUGUACAACAGAAACAAAUUAUAGUCACCUGCAACUACGAAGCUCGGCGCAGGGGCUUGCGCAAGUUACAACUCAUCAAGGAUGCCAGACAUAUAUGUCCGGAUGUUGUGAUUGUACUGGGUGAAGACAUUAGUCGAUUUCGAGAUGCAAGCAAGACGCUGUACAAUUUCCUUCGCAGCUUCUCCUGGAACGACAGAGCGGAGAGGCUGGGUUUCGACGAGGUGUGGCUGGAUGUCACUGACAUGAUUGACUACAACAUCUCAUUGCUGAAUUCUCACGAUUUGGCUCAUUCAUUCUUUGUUCUGGAGAAGGAUGACCCUACACAAGGAUUUGCUUUUGACGCUACUUGUUAUGAAGGUCCGACAACACCAAAUGAUUCAACUACCAAUGAUGAAGUGUUGACCCUGAGACUCAAAUUGGGCUCCCAUUUAGCGAGUCAUCUUCGUAAUGAACUUGAGAGAAAGACAGGAUACACUUCUACUGUUGGUGUGUCCACUUCGAAAGUAUUGUCGAAGUUGGUCGGCAACAUGCACAAACCGAAAGAUCAGACCACCCUCGUACCUCCAUACACUCACCAGGAUGGGCAAGUAAGUAACGUUGAAGCCUUUAUCGAUGACUACGAGAUCGGUAAGAUCCCAGGGAUUGGCUCGAAACUUGCAAGAAAACUUCGCCAUCACGUCCUUCAGCAUGAGCCAGACUUUGAGAAAGGUCUGAUCUAUGGGGAGACUAAAGAGAAGGUCACUGUGAAAGACCUUCGUCUCGCACAGAACAUGAGCGCCGACCUCUUGGAAAAGCUUCUGACUGGUCCCGGCUCUCCUCGUGGCAUUGGUGCAAAGAUAUGGUCGCUACUUCACGGCAUCGACGAUACGGAGGUGAACUUCGCGAAAGCCGUGCCCAGCCAGAUCAGUAUUGAGGACAGUUACAUCCGUCUUGACACUUUGCCCGAAGUGUUGAAGGAGCUUAAGAUGUUAAGCUGUAGCCUCAUAGAGCGAAUGCGCAUAGAUUUGGUCGCUGGAGAGGACGACGCAGAUCUUGUUAUAUUGGAGCGGUACGACGAGCUCGAGUCUGAGGCGAAAGCCAGACCACAUGGUAAAUGGCUCGCUCAGCCAAAGACGAUUCGAUUGUCCACUAGACCACGAUUGCCACUCAAUCCAGAUGGUACUCGCACUAGGAGCUUCAAGCGGAUAUCUCACUCUUCGGCCUUGCCCAGCUAUGUCCUCUCUUUGACCGACACUGUGGACGCCCUUGCCGAGAAGCUUGUUCACGAAACAUUGAUAGGCAUGUUCAGAAGACUCCAUCCUGAGAAAGCUGGUUGGAACUUGAGUCUGGUCAACCUUGCCGUGACGAACAUGGCUGAGGCAGGUGGCGAAACCAGGACCGCAAACGGUCGCGAUAUUGGCAGCAUGUUCAAACGUCAAGAAACCGUACACAAAGAGUUCACGACCUACGCUGACGAAGACGCAAUGCCACCAACAAAGUCAUCUUUUCAGACCGAAGAGCGUACUUCACUUGGUCACAUCGACCAAUUGGACGCCGAGAUGUCUGUCGAUGUGGAAGACAGUGGCUGGGUGGAAGAAGAGAACGAAGAUGCCGAGAGAUGUGGUAUUUGUGGCAUGUCGGUCCCCUUGUUUGCUUUGCCUGCUCACACACGGUAUCACGAAGUCACGGAUGAUUGA